AUGAUAGCUGAAUAUGAAGGUAUUAAUGGAAAUGAUUGCAUCACAAUUAUGUAUUGCCAUAUUCCAGAGGUAUCCUCCUUGCUGCUGCACAUCACCUCUCCCAAGCAAGAUGACUCCUCUGCAGUUGUGCUGCCAUUAACUGGCUGCCUUUCAGCCAAGCCUGUGUCCUAUCCAUUCCUCUGGGGAAACAGCAUGAAGUGUCUUUUCUUGCAGAAAUACCACAAGCUGGAAAGACAGAUACUGAUGCAGAGUCAAAUGCGAGAGAGACAGAUGGCUAUGCAGAUUGCUUGGACAAGGGAAUUCCUCAAAUAUUUUGGAAUAUUUUUUGGACUUGCUGCUGUAGGUCUAACUGCUGGAGCAAUAAAAAACAAGAAACCAGGACUGUUCCUUCCAAUGGUUCCCUUAAGCUUUAUACUUGCCUACCAGUAUGAUAUGGGCUAUGGAACGCUUUUGCAAAGGAUGAAGGGUGAAGCAGAGAACAUACUUGACACAGAGAACACCUUGCUAGAAAUGCCAAAAGGAGCCCUCACUUUUGAAAGCCUUGAAAAAGCCAGAAGAGCUCAGAGCAAGUUCUUUAUAGAAAAAUAAGAAGACUGUAACCACUCAGUACUUCAAAAUACAAAAUUAUUUGUUUGUAAUCAUGUUGCUGACUUAAAAUAUGUCAAAUUCUUAGUUUUGAGAACAUAAUCUUUUUAAAAUAAAAUGAAUUCAUUUAAAAAUA